AUGCAAUAUGCUACUCGUUUUCCAAAUCAAGGAUAUGCCACUUUGAUUUUCGAGCCACGGACAGUUGGCGAAAGCUCAGGAGAACCAGGACGAUUGGAGAAUCCCAGAAGGAAGAACGAAGAAGCAGUAGCUGGAAUAGAUUAUCUUGUCUUGAGAGUUGAUAUCGACGAAGCCACCAUCUUUCUCGUUGAAAUUUCCAAGGCGGACCUGAUUGUUUGGAUAUUGCUUUUUAUGAUGAUAGAGCUGUUGACGUGGCAUCUGUGUCUGGCUACUACCGCGACCAUGAAACCGACAUUUAUAUGA